GCAAGUGCAGUCUGUAGCGGUAACAGGGUCCGCCCCCUGUCUCUGCAGAUAAAGGUUCGCAGUCUGCUAUCCCAGGCAUGGAUGACGGUUGUAGUGAGACAUGGCAGUCCGACAUUACACUCUCGACUUCAACCUCUCUACAGCAGUUGACCCUGCCUCGACAGUGUCUGGUCUGCUGUCUAUAUUUCAUGAGCAGGAACUGACAGAGACUAUUCAUGAUACAGACGGGCAUGGUUAUCUAGCUACCUUUGUGGGCAAGAAUGGCAGGUUUGUUGUCCUGCGUGUGCACUCCCAGGGGCUGGUCACAGUUGAUUUGCAGUGUUACGAAGAUGAUGACAUUGCACAGCUAGACAAUCUUUUGAAUGCACUGGAAAAUAAGCUGAAAGUUCUCUUAAAUGGCAAUAUUACAAGGAUUAAAAAGCUUCCAGCCCUUUUGCGAGGAGCAAAAGUUGACCGCUACUGGCCCACAGCCGAUGGCAGACUAAUUGAGUAUGACAUUGACAAGGUGGUGUAUGAAGAGGAUUCUGAAUACCAAAACAUAAAGAUUUUGCACUCACAGCAAUAUGGGAAUAUUCUAGUUCUGGAUGGAGACGUUAACCUUGCAGAGAGUGACUCUGCCUACACCCAGGCCAUCACAGGCAGUGGAAAAGAAAACUACGCUGGAAAAGAAGUGCUGAUUUUAGGAGGAGGUGAUGGAGGAAUACUUGCCGAGUUGGUCAAACAAAAGCCAAAGAUGAUCACCAUGGUGGAGAUUGACCAGAAGGUGAUAGAUGGGUGCAAAAAAUACAUGAGGAAGACUUGUGGUGAUAUCCUGGACAACCUGAAGGGAGACUGUUACCAAAUAUUAAUUCAGGACUGUGUUCCCUUGCUGAAGAAGUAUGUCCAGGAAGGAAGGACAUUUGAUUAUGUUAUUAAUGACCUCACUGCAAUCCCAAUAUCCACCUCGCCAGAAGAAGACUCUACGUGGGAGUUCCUGCGUCUCAUUUUAGAUCUAUCUAUAAAAGUGCUGCAUCCCAGUGGAAAGUAUUUCACACAGGGCAACAGCGCAAAUCUGACCGAGGCACUGAAUCUGUUUGAGGAACGGCUGGGAAGGCUCUCGUGUCCAGUGGACUUCCGCAAAGAGGUGGUGUGUGUUCCAUCCUACCUGGAGCAAUGGGUUUUUUACACCGCCUGGAAAAAGUAAACAAGUUCUCCUGAAAUUCUCAGCAGCUGGAAUGUGAAGGCUCCUAAUUUCUUCUGUACCCCUCAGUUGUACGCAAAUUGAAUGCAGCCUGAAAAUUGGAGGCCACACAAAAUUCAGUUUAGUUUUAAAUGUUAGGAACUAUUCAGAUAUUUCCAAAGUCUGAAUUGUUCACACACCUCUGUGCACAUUGGUGAGCUUCUGCUGACUGACUAAGACAAGUAAUUUAAUUUGCUGUUUUCAGUUAACAAACACUGACUGAAAAACACUCCAGCUUAAACCAGUCAAGUUGGUGUGGUUAAGUUAUGAGAGUAUGUGUGUGUAUAUAUUUUUUUUUUCUUUUUCUAUAGCUGACUCAGUUCUCCUCGAGGCAUAAUUGCAGUUUUAUCAUCCCCAUUCUUUUAAUUUUACAACUUGUCAGUUGUAUUGUUUGUUACUUGAGGUUUUUUUUUUUUUCUUCUUAUAAAUGUCCACUUGCAUGUGCUCUGAAGGAGCUGUUGGAACACUGAUUUUUAUACACUGAUAAUGUGGAGUAACUCAUUUCCCAUACAUAUGUACUCAUUUUCUGUAAUCUUGAGUUAUGAAGUUGAAUGAACGUGCCUCUGCGUGAGCCAGUGCACAGGUGCAGCAUACCCAAAGUGUCACUUUUAUGCUUCAUUUUUGUUGCUGCCUUUCAAAUGUGAUUUCUUUCAGGUUGUAUUAAGGUGGUCACGCCCAGCGGGACUGAGGGGCUUAAAUCAAAGUGUUUUAAAAGGGAAACUAUUUCUCCAAAGUUACCACCACCUCUGCUUGUGCUGUUUUGUCAUGUUUUAUCGGCACCUUUUUGUUUUUUCCUGAUAAAGUUUUUGUUAAGACUGUAUUAGGUGCACGUAAAGAACGGUGAAUGUAGCUUGCAUAUACAGUACAAUGCACAUUUGAUCUACCCUGUGGGACAUUUAUUUAUUCGUUAUUUCAUUAAAUGCUGUCCUUUCCUGCUUGAGAUGAUUUUGACCAUCUAUGAUUAAACUGUUUUUGGGGGGAACAUA